AUGGGCCCGCAAGAUCAAGAGCAUACGGCGGGGGGGAGGAGGGGCGGGUUGUUGGGGCGGGCAUUCCAACAAGCAAAGCGCAUAGGGGAGAUCGUCGACCCCGAUGCUGUGGCCAACGCGGAGCAGGCUUGGAAAGAGCUUGCACCCGACUUGCGGCAAGCCGCAGACGACCUUCUCAGAAGCAAGGAAGAAAUUUUGUCCACUGGAACGGAGGCAAGAGGCAUCUGGUCCGCUGCCAAGGAGGCCUGGUCGGGGUUAGGGGCGGUAGAAAGGGAUAGAACAGCGGCCGACAGCAGUGCUACCUUCGCGCUGGAGAGGGAAGAAGGGGGUUCUGUCACGGUUGGAUGGGAGGGCCUCAAGAAGGACAUUGAAAGGGCAGCCAAAGGGGUCUUCGGUGAUGUCUUCGGAGAGGCAGCCGACGAAGUCUUGGCAUCUUUCGAGACCCGUCUAUCAGAGGCCCUGUCGGAAGGCAACGUUCGCGCGGCUUCUCAGCUGUGGCGUCGCCUGCUGGACACGCCGGGGGUACAGCUUCUCGCCCAAGACGGGCGGUUGUGGGCCGGGGCGGAAAGAGCGGUGCGGCGGUACCUCAGCGGCUUCUUGAGCGAGAAGUCGGCGAAGGAAGCGCAGAGAGCCGUCAACGCCACGGCGAACUUCGCACUACACUUUGCUGGAUUGAGUCGCAAUGCCGCUAAGAGCGACCACGAGGUGUUCGAGGAGCUGUCCCACAAGCUCUGCCAUCUGCAGGGUGCUGCCGAAAAGCUUCGGCCCUUGGCGGUGCUUGCUCUACCCUUGCUGGGAUACCAGGACUACGCCGCAAAGCUCGAGAGAGCGAUUAGAUCUAACGCUCUGUCCAGGGUAACGCAGACCGUCUCCGCGAGCGUGUUGUUGGGCCUCAAUCCUCGUGAUCCUUUCCUCCUGACACUCAUCGCCUCCUUCUCCUUAGGACACCUCUCCAAGGAUGUUGCUCAAAACAUGGCUGCGUUCUUCCAGAAAAUCUUGAUGGAUCAGGUCAGGUUUGACCAGCCCCAGACAAAACAAUCGCUAUCCGAUGCUGAGGAACCGUUAAUGAGUCCUGUAGACCUGGCAACCGAGCUCGUGACAGGGACCAAGACCUGCCAGGAGCUAGGACACCAAGCAUUUGCAUUCUUCAAGGUGGUGCAGCGGGCGCUAGAGGAAUCAUCCCCAUCAUUUGUUGUUGAGAAUGUCGACGUCAACGGUGUACAUCCGUCGACAGAGGCAUCUGAGGCGCCGCAAGAAGGGAGGCCGCCGCCACAACCCCUUCAACAACAUGGCCCUCCCCGCACCCCCCGCAAGCUCAAGCUGGAAGGCAUCGUUCUCCGGCACGCUAUCUGGGUCGCGGCUUUGGUUGACAGCAAGUACUUUUCCUUGGGAGUUCUUGUCGUGUGUCUUGUUGUGGGAGGUGUUUUGGUUUGUGGAUCCGUAUGGGCGUGCUGUUGGCGGGGGUUGAGGGAUACGCGUGGCCGUCCUCGGACGAUCAAAAAGGGGAGAGGGGGCGUGCAGCUGUACCAAGCACCGCGACCGGUUUUAGCGGCCCGGCGAGAGAAGACGGCGUGAGAGGCGCGUGUUCCGACGAUGAGACGUGUGUGGUGUUAUUGGAGAGGUUCAGCCUUCCGUGCGGCAUGUUGUUUAUUCUCUGUAUCUCACUUGGCGGCUUUUCCCUGUUCCUGUUACCUAUAUGGGCACGUACGUACGUACUGUGGGAGAGUCGCACUCUCAAGUCAUUCUGGAUUAUCCUUCCGAAGAAACUGGUGGUCAUCCGCAUAUGUAUUUUACGAUGUUAGUUGUUCAUCUGGUACUUAGUAGUGACGUUAUGUAUAUUUAUGAUACGUGUUGCUUGACUGGUUGUUUGAAGUGACGUUUCCCUAAAUAGCGCGGUUGAUCGAAUGGCUAGCGAGAAUUGACACCGGGAGUGUUUCGUGAUUGUUCGUAUUUUUUCAGGUGAGAAAUAUGUAGUAUAAAUAGUGCGCUUUGCCAGUUCUCCG